AUGACUAGUACAGCAAAUCAACCAAAUAUUUCAAAUAGUGUGUCCCCAGUUGAACCAGACGUUUUAAUUCCAAAUUUACAAACAAUAAGUUCGCCCACAGUUCAUCAAGUAAUUAUAAAUCCAAGUGUAGAAACAAAUGAUAACUCUACUCUUUCUUUAACACAACAUGAUUCACCAGGAUGUUCUCAUUGCCCAGCAGGUGCUGAAAAACCAGUUAGAAAAGAAUUUUUUGCUUUAUCUCCUGAAGAAAUUCGACCUAUUUCAAAAAGUAAUAAAACCACUGCACGUAUAUCAAAGAGAAGAGGAAAAACAGCGAUACUCACGGAAUCACCAAGCUUCUAG